AACAUCAUUAUCAAGAGAUUGCAGAACCAGAACCUUUUCCCUCCAUUCUCUGCUCCUCUUCCAUUAUUCUACCUUAAUCUCUUCCCUUUUUGGUCACCCAAAACAAUAUUUCCAUUCUCUCUCUCUCUCCCCCUCUUUGCUUAUAUGUCUGUAGAAUAAUGAGUGGUCCGGUCAAGCAACAAUGAAGCUUUCAAGAGCCUAUCAUUCCCACCAUUAUUCAGCUUUUCUUUUGCUUCUUUUUGUUUCUCAGUCAUUUGGUCUAAACAGCGAUGGAAGUUUAUUGCUUUCUUUCAAAUACUCCAUUUUGAGUGAUCCUUUGUCGGUUCUUGAUAGCUGGGAUUACAAUGACGAAACUCCAUGUUUGUGGAAUGGUGUGAUUUGUGCUCAAGUUGAAGGGUCUCCUGGAAAUCCAGAUGUUUUUAGGGUUAUAAGUUUGGCCCUCCCUGAUUCCAAGCUUCUGGGUUCCAUUCCGGAGGAUUUGGGUUUUAUUCCGUAUCUUAAAACGCUUGAUCUCUCCGGGAAUUUCUUGAAUGGAACUCUGCCCUCUUCGCUUUUUAAUGCUUCGGAGCUUCAGGGGCUUAAGCUUUCCAGUAAUGCGAUUUAUGGGGGGCUUCCCGGAGGUGUUAUGAAGAGUUUGAAGGUUCUGAAUCUCUCCGAUAACGCCUUGGCCGGAGAAAUCCCGGAGGAGAUGAGUUCUUUGAAGAAUCUUAGUGUGGUUUCUUUAAGGAGUAAUUAUUUUUCAGGCGGUGUUCCGGGCGGAUUUCAGUUUGUUGAAGUCCUGGAUCUGUCUUCCAAUUUGUUGAACGGAUCUUUGCCGGAAAAGUUCGGUGGGGAGAAUCUAAAAUACUUGAAUCUCUCCUCCAACAGGCUUUCCGGUUUGCUUUCUCCGGGUUUUGCGGCGAAAAUCCCGGCGAAUGCAACUGUUGAUCUCUCGUUCAACAACCUCACCGGAGAAAUCCCGGAAUCCACGGCUCUGAACAAUCAGAAAACGGAGUUUUUCGCCGGGAACGUUGAUCUUUGCGGGAAACCGCUCAAGAAACUCUGCACAAUCCCGUCUACUCUGUCUAAUCCACCCAACGUCUCCACCAACACUUCCCCGCCAGCGAUCGCCGCCAUUCCUAAAACGUUCGGCUCAUCCCCGGUUCCAAGCUCCGGCGGAGCAGCUCAGGAUAAUAAUCAGCCACAACACGGGCUAAAACCGGGAACAAUGGCCGGAAUUGUCGUCGGAGAUUUGGCCGGAUUAGCCCUUCUGGCACUCGUCUUUCUCUACGUCUACCAGAAGAAGAAGAAAAAAGGCAACGAAGAAGAAAUCAUCAAAAAAGAUCAAAACUUCAACAAAACACCGGAAAUCUCGGUAACGGUAACAGUAAAAGAAACUACAAAAAGCCUCCCCACGUGGCCGUGCUUAACCAUAACAAACGGCGAAGAAACCGAAACUUCCGACGACGCCACCGCCUCCGACUCCGACGAUAACAGAACCGAUCAUCCGGCCAACCAAAACGCCGGCGCCGGCGCCGACGAUCACGAACUGGUCCACAAAAACAAGAAACCGAGUUCACUCGUGAUGAUCGACAGAGAAACUCAACUCGAUUUAGAGACGCUGUUAAAGGCGUCUGCAUAUAUUCUGGGCUCCAGUGGCGCCAGCAUAGUUUACAAGGCGGUUCUUGAAGACGGGACAGCUUUUGCCGUGAGGAGAAUCGGAGAGAGCGGCGUGAAGAAGAUGAAGGAAUUUGAGCAUCAAGUUAAAGCCAUUGCUAAGCUCCGGCACCCCAAUCUGGUUCGAGUCAGAGGUUUCUACUGGGGAGAAGAUGAAAAGCUUGUCAUCUAUGAUUACGUCAGCAAUGGCAGCCUAGCCAAUGUUGGUUUCAGAAAAGUGGGUUCAUCACCAUACCAUUUGCCGUUUGAAGUCCGGGUGAAGAUAGCCAAGGGAGUAGCGAAAGGGAUAGCGUUUAUCCACGACAAGAAACACGUGCAUGGCAACAUUAAACCUAGUAACGUUCUAUUGUCGCCGGAAAUGGAGCCGGCGAUCGGCGAUUUCGGGCUUCAUUGGCUACUGUACGGGAAAACCAACAACCACUGCAACAAAACCGACAACUCAUCGCGACAUUUCGGGAGCCGGCGAUCGACCCCCUCGUACGGUCUACCGGACGCACAUCCGGUUCAGUGCAGCAGCCCGUACAUCGCCCCGGCCGGGUUCAUGGGGUGCACGUCGCCGUACCACGCGCCCGAGUCGCUAAAGGAUCUGAAGCCCAGCCCGAAAUGGGACGUCUAUUCCUUCGGGAUCGUCCUGCUUGAGCUGCUGACCGGGAAAAUGUUCUCGGACCGGGAGCUGAGCCAGUGGACCGCGACCGGGUCGGUGUCGGAGAACCAGGACCGGGUUCUACGCAUGGCUGACGUGUCGAUCAGGGCUGACGUGGAGAGCAGACAGCAGUACACGCUGGCGUUGUUUAAGCUAGGGUUUGAUUGUGCUAGCUUGGAUCCAAAGAAAAGGCCUUCCAUGAAAGAUGCCCUCCACGUCAUCGACAGUAUCCCAUGCUCCUCUUCAACUUCAUACUUGUAAUGAUGAUGUUGGAACCAAAAAGUUAAUCAAAAAGAAGGCUCUCUCUCUUCUUUCUUCUUUAUUGACUAGGAAAGAUUGUGUUGCGUAAAGAGGUGGAUGAACAACCAUUAUUGUAUCUGAUGAAACUAUUUGGUUUUGGAUUUCACUAAUUAAUCACAAUCCUCCUUGUUAAUUAAUAA